AUGCUGGGGAUGGUUUUUACCAUUAGUGAAAUCAAUCAAAAUCCUAAAUUAUUAUCAAACAUUACACUGGGCUUCAAGAUUUAUGACUCUUGCUUUAUGGAGAUUAAAGCCAUUCAAAGUGCUAUGUCACUGCUGUCAGGGAAACAAGUGCCAAUUGCAAACUACUGUUGCAAGGACCGACCAUUGCUUUCUGGCUUAGUUGGUGAUAUCAUGUCUUCAUUAUCCAUACCAAUUGCUAGGAUACUGGGACUUUACCAUUUUCCUCAGAUCAGCCCAGGAGCAAAUCAUCCCAUAUUAAGUGACAAGAUGCAGUUCCCUUCCUUUCUGCGUACUCUGCCACAUGACAAAUUUAAUAACAAAGCUCUGGCUCAGUUAAUCAUUCAUUUUGGUUGGAUAUGGAUAGGCAUUGUAUCUGCAGACAGUGAUAUAUUUCAAACAAGCAGUCAGCAAAUAAAGUCUGAGAUUCAGAAACUUGGUGGAUGUAUUGCUUUCUCUGAACAGAUCAGUAUUUUUUCUCCGACUGAAAAAUUAGUCAGGCUUGCCAAUCUAAUAAAGGAAUCAUCUGUCAAUGUAAUAAUCCUUAACAGUGAUGAAGUACAAAUUCAACCAAUGCUGAAUGUUCUGCACAUUCAAAAAAUAACUGGAAAGGUGUUUAUUUUAACAGCAAAUUGCCUUAUCUCAACUGUUAUUUUCACAGAAGACUCAUGGAACUUAUUAAAUGGGAGUUUAGGACUUGUACUUUACUCCAGUGACAUGCCAGGUUUUCAGGAUUUCUUAUCUGCACUUAAUCCUUAUGAGUCCCCACAUGACAUAUUUAUUAAAUUAUUCUGGGAGAAGGCAUUUAACUGUAAAUGGCCGGGGACUAAUACUUCUGGAACAGUGGACCACAGAGAAGCACAGUUAUGUUCAGGAGCAGAAAAGCUACCUGAAAUUGUGGCAUCUUUAUUUGAACUGCAUGAUUUAAGUUAUACCUACCAGACUUACCUCGCAAUGCUACAUUAUGUGAAACAUGUCAAUUUUAAGACCACGAUUGGUGAGGAUUUUUAUUUUGGUGCAGACUCUGAUCCCGUGCCCAUAUACAGUAUUAUAAAUAUACAGAUAUUUCCAAAUAACACUUACAAGUUAAUCAAAACUGGAAAAAUUGACUCCAGGGCAUCUCAGGAAGACAAACUCAAUAUAAACAUCAAGACCAUCUUGUGGCCUGAAGUCUACAAUGAGAUUCCCCGUUCUAUCUGUAGUGACAGCUGCCUUCCAGGACACAGAAAAAUGAUCAGACAGGGGCAAUCACUCUGUUGUUUUGACUGUAUUCCAUGUUCAGCUGGAGAUAUUUCAAAUGAAACUGAUGCAGUUGACUGCCUUAAGUGCCCAGAAGAUAAAUGGCCAAAUGAAAGACAUACUAAGUGUAUCCCAAAAGCCAUUGAAUUUCUGGCCUAUGAAGACCCUUUGGGAGUCACAUUGGUUGCCAUUUCAGGUUUCUUCAGCUUCACCACAGUUUUGGUUAUGUACAUUUUUAUCAAAUACAGAGAAACUCCAAUUGUCAAAGCCAACAACCGUGAUCUCAGCUACCUUCUUCUAGUAUCUCUUAUGCUCUGCUUCCUCUGUACUCUGAUGUUUAUUGGUAAGCCAGAGAAUGUGACAUGUAUGCUUCGACAGACUGUUUUUGGGACAAUAUUUUCCAUGAGUGUUUCUUCUGUUUUGGCAAAAACCAUCACUGUUGUCAUUGCAUUUAAAGCAACAAACCCAAACAGUAAUUUGCGGCACUGGGUAUGCUCUAAGACACCAUACCUCAUUAUUUUUUUUGGCACUUUUUGUCAGAUUAUUUUAUGUAUGAUUUGGUUAGCCAUUUUGCCUCCAUUUCCAGAAUUACAUAUACAAGUUAUGAACCCAAAGGUCAUAUUUGAAUGCAAUGAAGGCCAGGGGGUAUUUUUCUAUUGUAUGCUGGGAUAUAUGGGAUUGCUUGCCAGUGUAUCCUUCAUAGUUGCUUUUGUAGCAAGACAGUUACCUGAUAGCUUCAAUGAAGCCAAACACAUCACCUUCAGCAUGCUAGUCUUUGUCAGUGUCUGGCUGUCUUUUAUCCCAGCAUACCUGAGUACACAGGGGAAGUAUAUGGUUGCCGUGGAGAUAUUUGCCAUUCUAUCUUCUAGUGCUGGUUUACUCAGCUGUAUAUUUUGUUACAAAUGUUACAUUAUUUUGUUAAGGCCUAGUCAGAAUGACAAAAAGCAUUUAAUGGGCAAACUAACAUUUAGUAAUAAUACAUAA